GCUGGCCAUUCGUCUCUUCGGUUCCUGGGCGGACAUGCAGCAGCACGACUCGUAAACAAUGAGUUGUCACGCCCUUGACAACGACGCUAGUGGGAAACUUCUGCGUAGCGGCCCAUUGUUUGUCGCGCGGUAGCAGGCAGGUGAGCAGAACUGUCGAGUUCGUGAAGCGGGUGCACACCACACGUGGGCAGAAUCUAGAGGCGCCAGCAGAUGCCAAGCAAGUCCUGCAGGACGAUUCAAGGUUGAAGGAUCUGGCCCCCGCUGUUGUGAACCAUGUCCUCCCGUGAUCGAUACCGACACCCAGGAUCCUCAUGCUCCCCACCUCGAAGUGCCACCAUAAUAAUGGUCAGUCCCAGGCGGCCCAUCAUGUUAAGUCGGUAGCUAGUCUUUGGCAAGUUUAUGCCGAGCUUGUCAGUGGCGGAAUCAUGCAUCGGAGGUCGAGGAUCCAGUCACCCUUGACGCUGAAAAGUUUUUUUUUUAUCCCGCUCGCAAAAGAAGACGGCGAAACAGCACAUCCAACAGCGUCCAAGGUUGCGGAAUGCGGUCCGACUCAACGAAGCACACAAAAUUUUCUCUCUUCGUGCUCCAUCGAAGGAACCAAGUCCAUGAAAGCCACCGAGCCCAAGCAGCCUCCAUGCCACCGGCGUCGUGCUCACAAGGGGAGUGUAUCCAAAUACCCGAGCAAAUUCUCAGUCAAGAUUGGCCUCUACUUGGAGCGAGGCGGAAUCUUGUCUCCGAGGAUGAGGAUCAAGAAGUAUUCACAGGAUCGCAGCCCCAGGCUACCCGCACUUGAAACAAACCUUUUGGCGGCGAAAAGCAAUGGGGGGGGGGCUUUUUUUUCUUCCUUUUUCAUUCUAGUGCAAGGUUCAGACAACACUGCUUACUCGAUCAAAUCGGGCCUCACGGAAGAUUAUGUCGCACCUGACGACCCGACGACGCAAGGGGAGGCCGGGAGCUAACAUGACAGUCGGCGGCCCGUGAGCAGAACAUUGAGACGCGUAAAGUCGCGUAGAGUGUGUCUUGAAAGGCCAUAUAUAUCGCGUCUGGCAUGCCCGAGACUCCAUGUAUCCCGAACGGGUGUUAAAGUGCUUGCAUGACGAAGUGGAACAGCUGUCUUGACUCUCGCCAGCCCCGUGUCUCAUACGGGGUGUGCUGCAAGAAACGAGGGGGGCUGAUGGUACC